UCAAGUAAAAAUGCUUCGUUGGGGAAUAGCCAGUUGCAGUCGAUCAAGUUAUGAUUUUGCAACAGCUUUAAAAGUGUUUUCUGAUAAGGAGCAUCAGUUGUUGGCAAUCGCGUCAUACAAUGAGGAUGCUGUCACCGAAUUCGCAAAAACAUUCCGCGUGCCAUACACGUACACUAAUUAUGUGGCUUUGGCUUCCGAAGAAAACAUAGACAUAGUUUAUGUGGCCGUGCACAACGAGCAACAUUCGGACGUCGUGACGGCACUCCUGAACGGAGGCAAGCACGUCGUGUGCGAGUCGCCGCUAUGUUUCAACGAAAAAAAGGCGAAAGAACUGAUGAUUUUGUCGAAGGUGAAGAGUCUGUUCCUGAUGGAAGCCAUGUGGAUGAAAUGUUUUCCUGCUUGGGAAUAUUUGAUGACUAUUUUGGAGGAGGGUGCGAUCGGCAUCGUUAACUUUAUGCAGAUAACUUUCGGCAACAGCGAAUACAAUACGAAGUUCAUGGAUCUGAAACGGAUGUACAAAGGAUCGAUCAUGGAUUUUGGGGUGCACGCCUUGUGCUUUCAGCAGGAGAUUUUCAAAAAUUUGGUGCCGUCCCAACUUCUCACGACUGGGUUUAUUGGAGAGCAGGAGGUGGACGAGGCGGCCUGUUGUAUUUUGAGUUAUCCCGAAGGUAAAACCGUUACCAUAUCCACGCAUACACGCUGCAACAUGCCCAACGAGGCCGUAGUGGUUGGUACGAAAGGUAUUAUUCGCGUGCCACAUUUCUGGUUUCCUACCAGAUUAAUUUUGCCCGACGGCGAAGAAAUGAGAUUCGAGUUGCCCGAGAAGGAGCGAGUUGCCAACAGGAUUACGGCGUUUCAGUAUCUCAUUCGGGAGGUGGAAUAUUGCAUAAAAAACAACCUGAUCGAAAGUGAAAAACAUCCUCAUUCUUGUACGUUAAGUAUUUUGCAUUGGAUGGACGUUUGGAGGAAGCAAAUUCAAGUCGUUUAUGAACAAGAUUAGUGAAUAUACAGUACUUUUAUUAUGCUAUUUUUAAUUUAUACUCGGCGUAUUUAAUAAAUUAUAAGUAAUUUUAAA